GAGGACCGGGUUGAGCAGAAGCACCAGUCCCAGAUCUUUCAGAAGGGCAUGUGUUUUAUAUUUUAUUCAUAUCUUUAUUGCUUAUUAUUGCCUGUUGUGACGUCUGGCUUUGAUUGCUAAGCUGGUCCUCCUGUGAAAAUCGAACGUAUAAUUUAUAUGGUUCAGAAAAUUUAUGAAAGGAAAAGCGGAAAAAAAAGAAACCAGGAAACGGGAGGAAAGUUCGAAAUUGAGUUGAUCGGUUUCGAAGGUCAUCCAGGACUCACGGUAGUAGUUGAGAGACUUGUGGAGUUGGGUUCUGCAAAUAAUGGCUGGUCGAGGUGUUAAAUGCAUGAGUUGAGAAUCCAGGAGGCAUUUUGUGGUUUGAGGUGCUCCCGCCAUUUUAAAAGUAGACGGAUAGGUAGAAUUGGGAUUGGCUAGUAACGACUCUUUGUGGGAGGGAAUCGAUAUUUGGAAAAGACGGUAACCUUGCAGUUUAAGAAACAGAUGAUGGAGAACUAGGUUGCCCUUCGACUGGUAACAGUACAAUUGUUCGGAGAUGGGUUUGGAUGGAUAUUGGAGAACACGGCAUCACCUUUGCGUUUUUUCAUGGCCUUGGCGUAGUGGAGAAGGAUGUUUUGUCAUAGAUAUCUGAAUGGAGAGUUCCGAAGGGUUCUUGUGGCAAAGAUCUGGUUCUAGAGGAGCGGACUUGAAUCCUUCUGUUGUUUCCAGCAAUAUCCGUGGUGUUCAUGGCGGCUUGCCAACUCUGCAGUCAGGCCAGAGAUUGCCGGUGCAGGUCGAGGAGAAAGGUUUUGAGGCUCUUUGGACUGCCAAUUUAGAUAAUCAGAUUGGUUCAUCCUGCGUAUCUGGAAAUGAGGCAAUGGGUGCCCUGGAACCUGGUGAUAUCAGCUUGCGCCAAUGGUUGGACAACUCGAAUCGAUCUGUUGAGCUUUUGGAGUGUCUGCACAUAUUCAGUCAGAUUGUAGAGAUUGUGAAUGCUGCUCACUCUCAAGGAGUUGUGGUCCACAACAUUAGGCCCUCCUGCUUUGUUAUGUCUUCAUUUAAUCGUGUUUCUUUCAUCGAAUCUGCGUCUUGUUCAAGUUCAAGGUCUGAUUUGAAUCAGGAGGCAGUGAAGUUGGUGGAUGAACGUGGGGUGGGUGACCGUAGCACCUCAUCUCCUUCUUGUGGGUUAUCUCGGCAAAGAAGCCUAUCUGCUAAUGAAGGGUCAAAAUUGGCAAUCUCUGCCACACUCUCAUACCCUAGAGGUUCAGAAAGAAAUGACGAUGGUGGUGCUUCUCGGUCUGAUGUGGAAACUGCAAGUUGCUUAGGGUCAACAUCUGCAUAUGGGACACUUUUGUCUUCAGCAGAAGAGACUAAAGAAACACUUGUAAUUGAAACCAUUGAGGACAAUGAACAGAAGAGAUUAAAGAGAACGCCUUUGAAACAGAUUUUGUUCAUGGAGGUUGGUUGGUACACAAGUCCAGAGGAGUCCUCUGGCAGCCCAAGCACAUUUGCAUCAGACAUUUACCGCCUUGGUGUUCUCUUAUUUGAGUUAUUCUCCACAUUCAGUUCGGAGGAGGAAAAGCUGAGGACAAUGUCCAACCUUCGCCACCGUGUUUUGCCGCCUCAGCUGUUGUUGAAAUGGCCCAAGGAAGCAUCAUUUUGUUUGUGGUUAUUGCAUCCACAACCUAAUACACGACCAAAAAUGAGUGAAGUGCUGCGGAGUGAGUUCCUUCAUGAACCGACUGAUAAUGUUGAGGAGCGGGAAGCAGCUAUAAAGAUUAAGGAAGAAAUAGAAGAACAAGAAUUACUCUUGGAGGUUCUUUUGCAGAUGCACCAGAGAAAGCAAGAUGCUUCCAGUAGGUUGCAUGAGAUUGUGAGUUGCUUAUCCUCUGAUAUUGAGGAAGUAACAAGUCAGCAGUCUGAGCUAAAAAAAAAGGGAAGCUCCUACAUAGAAGUGGAUAAGAACCUGAAUUUUGGUGCGGAGAAGCUAGAAAAUUUGCCGUUUCCCAUUCACAGAGAAGAUUCAAUGAGCUUGCAUUCUAGUAAGCGUUUUAAACCCACUGAUGAGGAUUUUAAGUUGGCUGCGAAUACGGGCAAUCCCGACAAUCUUAUGACUAAAAGUUCUCGAGUCAUGAGAAACUUCAGAAGGCUAGAAUCUGCUUACUUUUCUACAAGGUGCAAGCAGAUCAAGCCACCACCCAAAAUACAGAACACAAGUUCACCUGCACAGAACAUUUCUGGAAGAUUAAAUAUGAGAACAGAAAGAAGUAACUUCAGUUCCACUGAUAACUUGAAUGCCAAAGAAUGCCAGGACGGUGCAAAAAGAAGUGGAUGGGUAGGACCAUUUCUUGAGGGCUUGUGUAAAUACCUUUCAUACAGCAAGUUAAAAGUGCGGGGAGACUUAAAACAAAGGGACUUGUUGAAUGCUUCAAAUUUGGUGUGCUGUCUGGGUUUUGACCGGGAUAAAGAAUUUUUUGCAACAGCUGGUGUUAAUCGCAAAAUUAAAGUAUUUGAGUGUAAUAUGAUUCUUAAUGGAAACCUUGACAUACAUUACCCCGUGAUUGAAAUGACUAGUAGUUCCAAGCUUAGCAGCAUUUGCUGGAAUAGUUACAUAAAAAAUCAAAUAGCCUCCAGUGACUUUGAAGGAGUUGUGCAGGUUUGGGAUGCUACAAGAGGUGAGGCCUUCGUGGACUUGAGGGAGCAUGAGAGACGUGUUUGGUCUGUUGACUUUUCACAAGCAGAUCCUACAAGGUUGGCUAGCGGAAGUGAUGAUGGUGCUGUUAAGCUCUGGAAUAUCAAUCAGGGUGGAAGCAUUGGCACAAUUAGAACGAAGGCUAAUGUGUGCUGUGUUCAGUUUCCUCCUGAUUCUGCACGCACAAUUGCAAUGGGGUCAGCAGAUCAUAAGAUCUAUAUCUAUGAUCUCAGAAACACAAGAGCACCUUGGUGCACAUUAACGAGUCACACAAAGACCGUCAGUUACAUCAAAUUCAUAGAUCCAACAACCCUUGUGUCAGCAUCAACUGAUAACACCCUUAAGCUAUGGGAUUUAUCUUCAAGCUCAUCAAAGCUGCUGGAUAGUCCUAUUCGGACAUUCACUGGCCACACAAACCUGAAGAAUUUUGUUGGAUUAUCGGUUUCUGAUGGUUACAUUGCUACUGGAUCAGAGACAAACGAGGUUUUCAUCUAUUACAAGGCCUUCUCAAUGCCGGUAUUAUCUUACAAAUUCAGCACCACAGACCCCAUGACGGGUUCGGAACUUGAUGAUGCGUCUCAAUUUGUAUCGUGUGUAUGUUGGAGAGGGCAGUCUUCAACGUUGGUAGCUACAAACUCCACGGGAAACAUCAAAAUUCUUGAGAUGGUCUGAUUGAAUGCGGGUCAAGAUGCUGCAACUGCAUAGAUGUUUCAGGUUGUGAAAUCCGCGGCCGAGUUGAUCUCUUGUGGGAAGCGAAGGUCAGUCGCCAAGUUGGAUUUGAAUAUUUCGCCACCAGAUGGAACAACUUAACGCCGUUAUGGCAUCUGCGCCUUGGUGGCGAGUGGUAUAAAUAUAGGUGUAAAAAUUUCCCGCCGGUUUAGGCGGUCGGAAUCGGGUGUAUCUGCAGAGGCAUUUGAAGUUGUACCGAGAGGCUGAUCAUGAAGGGAAGAUGUAGAGAAAAUGUCCAUAGAUUGCGUUAUGUAAAGAAUGGCAAGCGGAUGGUGUGCGUGAGUAAUAGAAUGGUGAUUGCUUCGUUCGAUUCAGGAGUCCCUGUCUAGUCUGCUGCUGCUAGCUUUCCAAAUUCGCAUGCUGGCGCACGAUCCAUGUAGCGUCUGAAGAGAGGGAGAAGCCGCCGAUAAAAGGGGUGAAAAGAAGUCGCAAAGAUACAAAAAAUGAGCACGAUAAAACAAGACAACAAAGCAAAAAGCGAAAAGAAGGGGGGGAAGAAGAGGGGGGAGGGGAUGAGAGAGCGAUGACAAGGACGAAGGUCUAGCCGAACAUCGGGCUACACCCUAAAGGAGGUAGAAGCGAUGCAGCUGUAUGAUUCUCUGAAAACAUGAUUGUUGUGCCAAAUUUGCCAGCAUGAACAAAUGAACCAAUAUCAAGGGGCCGAAAAGGAGUAACUGAAGGGGUGAGCAGUGGAGGGAACAUUAGAGGCGAUCCUUUGGGGUCAUGUGUUGGAUUGGUUCCAGCGAUGGCAAUUUUCAAACUAAGUACUGCAUCUUACCGCUUCCGCUUAAGAUGCAGAGACAUUUGGCUUAUAGAAAUCGAACUAUCUUUUCAGGUGUCCUUAGCACAACAAGGUACAAUAUGCUUCUUGAGAAGAGCAGGUGGUUGGAGGUGUCGAUGUGCCCAGCAAGCAGGAGCAAAGGAAAAGUGCAAGCAUCGGAAGAGGACCAGGAAACCAAGCGACAGAGCGCAUGAGCCAGCGGACAACAAUGCUAAAAGCUGCAAUGGCAGGAGCACAAGGUGAAGCCCCAGAGCAGCUGAGGGGCGAGAGAGGAAGCUUGAGGGGGCAACAGUGGCAUGGGGAAGGAAGGAAGGGCAGAAAGUAAAGCAUGCAAAGAAUAGCAGCAAACAGGCGGGCGGAGACCAGGACGAUUAGGUAGUUGUUGAGAGAGAGAGAGAGAGAGAGAAGAUACAGGUGUUGUAAUCUAGCGUUGGAGCCAAAAAUGUAGGGGGUGGGGCGCGGGGGCAUUAUUAUACAGCAAUUCAAUUUUAGAACCUUCAAAUACACAGUAAAUGGUUGAAGGAACCAACACGCAAGCGGAUAAUUUCUUGAAGUUGAUCACAUGGCCAAGCCAGAUGGGACGGACAUUGUCUUCUUAGUGUACCAUAAGCCUAAGCCUAACAAGCAUAAGACUUAAAAAUUUGGUACUACGCGAGGUUUUCUGUUGCUGAGCAAGCGGCAGAACCUUUCGUGUCAGGUCCUGU